UUCUUCCCAAGAAGCCUUUGAGGAGAAAAGGCCAAAGGGGAUGGAUUCCCUAGAGGCCCAGCUGGUUGGCCUGAGGCAGGAGCUGGUGGCCUUGAGCCAGAGCCAGGCUGAGGUGGAAAAAGAAUUACACCUUUGGCCAGAGAAGAUGGCGGCCCUGCGCAACGAGAUGGAGUUUCAGGUCCCAGCCUUGAUGCAGAAAUACCAUCUCAGAGACCAGGGCACUCAGGCUGGGCUUGUACAGCUCGUGCAGGCCCAGCUUCAUGACCUGGAGCAAACACUGCUGAACCAUGUGGCAGAGGAGCAGGACAAGUCUGUCAACAAAAUUGCUACUGACUUGAGGCUGACCCUUCUAAAGGAAGGAGUGACCACCGGGGUGACCAAGGAGGAAGUGCAUGAGAUGGUGCAGCAGGCCCUGAAACUGUAUAGUGAAGAUCGAAUCGGGCAGGUGGAUUACGCCCUGGAGUCCUCAGGGGCCAGCAUUCUCAGUAGCCGCAGCUCAGAAACCUAUGGCACCAGGAUGGCCAUUGUCAGUCUGUUUGGCAUCACCUUGUGGUACCGUAUCCAGAACCAAAGAGCCAUCCUCCAGCCAAAUGUCUACCCUGGCAACUGCUGGGCAUUCCGGGGCCCCCAGGGCUUUGUUGGGGUUCGCUUGUCUGCCCUCAUCCACCUUACCGCUGUCACUCUGGAGCACGUGCCCAAAGCCCUGUCCCCAGACAGCGACAUCACCAGUGCCCCCAAGGACUUUGUCAUCUUG